AUGCUCCUGCCAGCUCUAGACGUGGAGCUGUAUGUUGGUUUCAGGCCCUAUGAAUUGACAAAAGACCGCGUGGAACUCUAUUCGAAUCAGCGACGCCUUUUGAUCUCGAAGAAGCAGGUAACAGUGAUCCAUGGUAUUGUGCUAUCAAAAAAGCUUGUAUACGAAGAGGAUGUCAUAGCUGCUGCCUAUACAACAUUUCGAGCGAAUCGCCAGAAAUCAGAGUCGACAAGUUCGUUAGAUGAUGUGGAGGCUUUAGCAGUUUGUCUAUCCAAGGCGGCAUAUAUAUACUACCCUGGAGGACAAUACUACGUGGUGAGUUUCCCUUUCACAUUGAAAAGAGCUUUUCCGUUUGAAUCGGGUCUUAUCCUAGAAAGAGAGCAGGAUUCGCUUUCGAAAUUGCCCACAUCCAGUCAGUACCAUGGGUACCGCUUCUUCACGCUUGUGGACCCAAUUGGCGACUUCCGUGUGGUCACAACAUCAUCGACAUCUGUUGUGACUUCCCAGGAGAAUUUGGUCUACUUUCCCAAACUAGGCAUCAAUAAAACGAGCAUGAGGAAGCGCAAAAAUCAUGCUCUUUCUACGCCUAACCCUUCCAAGAAGUUGGAGGACGACAUCUUGCAUGAAUUUAAUCACCCUUUCUCGGGUUCGACAUCACAGAACAUGGAAAAGAAGCGCACAAGCACUCUUCUAUCCGGUGUGUCUUCAAUUGGCCGUAUGGGCUCAGAAUCGGGAUUCUCCGAAAGCGGGAAAGUUACCAACAAUGUGGAGUUCUCCGGUCUUCGAAAGGAUAUGAUUCUCACGAAAGCUGAUUCAAUCACUGUAUCGGCCAAGAAAGAUCAUAUUACAACCACGGGCCUCUAUUAUCAGGAUGAAGAGGCUAUCGUCAUCUCCAACAAAGUGUCCAAGGAGACUCAAAUUCUCAUAUACAAGCUGCAAAGUGGCUACAUAUCCCAGCAUGAGUCUUCAGUCACUCUUAAUUGUCUUCAUGCUAUCCCUCUUGAGCACAGCAGAUUCCCAGGCUGGCUUCUUGUCCUCAAAGAUGAACUGUCGCUUCAAUUGGUUCACCCCUUCUUGGAUAUUACUGCACCUGUCGUUGACCUUUCGUCCAGUUACCCAGCGAUGUCUCGGAUAAGUAGCUCGAACGACAACAUCGUCGUACUCGUUGCAAAUAACGAGGAGACACAUACUGUAAGAUUGGUUCUCGAGCCGUCUAAUCAUUUUGUGGCCACCUGUCUCAAAAUAUGGAGAUAUCUUUCUGGUUCAAAAAUUAACGAGCACGUCUGGGUGUUCUGGCGCUCAGCUUUGACGCUUGAUGAUCAACUGGAUGAAUGGAACGCUUACGUGAUCAUGAUCCUCUCGUUGGUCUACCCCUUCGAUAGUGGCGAGAUUGAGGUCAGCAGCAAUCCAAUAACGGACCUUCUUCCUUUGGCGAAGAAGCAUCAUGAAUACUUCGAUUUUGAUUACUCAUUGCAGGAGCUUCUAUCCUACAUUGUGGUUGCACUUCACUUAAUUUAUGAAGAAUUGAAGCUUGACACACUUGCGAAGCGAAAUCUUGAAAAAUUGGGAUUACUUCUUACACAACUCACAACGUGGAUGGGAUGGCUGGACCAGUGGACAACAUUUUACAUGGUGGAUUCCAGUAUGAUUGAUAGGACUACAAAGCUUUUACUGACGGUUCUCCUCUACAAUCCUCCAAACUUAUUUGAGAGCCUCGCGUCAAUAUUCGACAGCAAGCGUUCUCGGUAUCCUAAAUUCUCACAGUUGGUGGAAGAGGGUGACAGUAUUAAUAUGACCAUGACCCCAAGAACACACAUAGUUCUUCGCAUUUUUGAGCUAAUGGUCUCUCAUGAACCAGCUAGAGCAGUUAUAAAAGCCUUAUCUGGCUUUGGUAUCACACCAAAUGACUUGGAAUCUUACCCUCUCGGAAUAAGCAUACCUAUCAAAGAGUGCCUCCUUCAAUGUCAGCAAGACCCUGACCUAUCCUGGGGUAGUGACAUUCUCAGACUUAUUGGUAGAAGUGAUUUGACGGUGACAUUGGAAGACCAAGACGAACUCAUUCACAGCAACGGUAACGGCCCAUUGAGCGUCAAAAACCUCAAAUCCAAUGAAAUCAAGAGCUCAGAGGCUAUUGUAUCUGAGAUUUUGGAACCGUCGAAAAGGAAGGUAGACCAUUCUCAAUCCGGAUCGGAAAGAUCACAGAUCACAGAUUUGAUUUUCGACCAGGAUAGAAGAUUCUAUGAGAUCCUUAACCUUCUCAAUCAGACUAAGGUGCAGAGUACAACUUUGGUUGUGGAUGAGAAUCAAAACGAAUACGAUUCAACGCUUCUUAAAAGAGAAGUUGCGUCAUUGGUGGCUCUUCGUACAUUGACACUUCCGCUAGGCAGAGCAGCCCUUAACUACGAGGAGUGUAAGCCAAUGUUUACCGAAAAGUUUCCAAUUCCUGAUCUUAACUUGAGUACGAUAAUAGCCCCUUCAAUGUCCACCAUUGUGCUCAAUAAAGAUCUGAUAUUUCAUAAACUCUAUGAUUGGGGCUCGUUUCAUAAUGGUGCUUCGUCAGGUCUCAGUAUCAGCCGGAAGUGUGAAGGCAUUACCGGAAGUUGGGCCUUUUACAACAAGCCGUCCGAAAACUUUGCGCAACACGCUGGUUUUCUACUUGGGCUUGGAUUAAAUGGUCAUUUAAAGAAGUUGGAGGAAUGGCAUAUCUAUAACUAUCUUGGUCCAAAGCAUCCGCUCACCAGUAUAGGUCUCUUAAUUGGUAUGGCUGCAAGUUUGAAGGGGUCUAUGGAUAACAAACUCACCAAAGUUUUGUCGGUGCAUGCCGUGGCUCUCUUACCUCAGGGCGCCAAUGACUUGAAUGUUCCCAUCACCGUUCAGUCUGCUGGUUUGAUUGGUAUCGGUCUUUUAUACCUCGAGACACAACAUAGAAGAAUGAGUGAUAUCUUAUUGUCACAAGUGAGCGGAGCAGUGUCUCAUAUUGAACACGAUGAGGAGUUCGAAGGGUACAUGCUUGCGGCAGGAUUGGCUUUGGGUUUUAUCAACUUGGGCAAAGGUGACACCUUGAGAGGUGUCAACGAUACACACGUGGUGGACAAGCUUCUUUCGCUCUCCACAUCUAUGAGAGACUCUCAGUCAGAGCUUGAGCUGGAUAAAUCUGGAUCCGCUGCUAUCAUGGCGUUGGCUUUUAUGUACUUGCGAACAGAGAAUCAGAUCAUAGCCAGGAAGCUUGAAGUACCCGAUUCAGAACACCUUCUUGACUACGUGCGGCCAGAUUUGCUUCUAUUGAGAACAGUUGCAAAGAAUGUGAUUUUAUGGGACCAGAUAAGGGCCACCACGCAAUGGGUUUUAAGAGUGAGGCAUAAUUUCAACAACAUUGAAAGUCUAGACAGCGACCAGGUUGGCUAUUUCAACGUUUUGGCAGGUGCCUGCUUGGCUAUGACUUUGAAGUACGCCUCAUCCCAAAACUUGAGUGCCAGGACAACCCUACUUGACUACCUCGAUAAGUUCAUGGUCAUCACAGAAACUGCAGCAGUAAAUUACGACGAGCAAGUUGCUCUCAAUUGUGCCAGUCAGAUCCAGAAUGUUCUUGCGCUUGCAGUAGCUGUGGUGAUGGCUGGGAGUGGAGACUUAGAGGUUUUUCGUCGGUUGAGAGUGCUUCAUGGCCGAAUCAGUAAGACACAUCAGUACGGGAACCAUAUGGCCGUAAAUAUGGCCCUUGGGCUCUUGUUCAUGGGAGGCGGCCAAUACGCUUUUGCAGACUCUAAUUUUGCCGUGGCGACUUUGUUCACAGCGCUCUACCCAAUCUUCCCUGCCGAAUCGAACGAGUUUGAGGUACAUCUUCAGGCGUUGCGCCAUUUCUGGGCAUUAUCUGUGGAGCCCAAGUGUCUCAUUAUCCGAGAUGUUGCGGACGGACGGCCGGUCAAACUUCCAGUUACCAUCGUUAUGAAGGAUGGAUCUAAAAGAGAGAGCACAGCACCACAGCUUCUUCCACGCAUUGAGCACAUUGCGUCAAUUGAGGUUAAAGCGCCGGAAUAUUUCAACGUGAAGAUGGACUUUCUGGUGUCUUCGGAGUACAUGGACCAAUUUCGAGAGUCUCUCACGCUCUUCGUCUACAAGAAGUGCAAUUACGAGCUUCUCAAAACCACCGUCACCACUCUCCUCAAGAACGAAAGCAAGGCUUUGCAGAUAGCAAAUAAAGAGGUGGCCGUGAACAAGGAGCUUGCGAGUCUCCUUGACGUCCAGCUUCUAAGCCCACUUACCCAGUUUGAGAAACAAAUCUACCUUUACGAAAGCGGCGUGGAGCACCUGAGCGACCCGAACAAAUCGGGACUCAGCAUGUUCAACAUGAUCGCCAACAAGAUUGACCUUCAUCUCAUGGCGACCCAGCCACGCGACGUUCAAGAUCUCCUCAGUCUUAAGCUACUUUUCGCCUACACUGAUCAUGUGCUAGACGACGACAUGCAUUUUGUCAGUCUACAGUUUGUCGAGCAGCUUAAGCAGCAGCUCUGGGACGUCCUGGCCGCGGACGCAUAA